ACGUAGAAUUUGCGUCGUCGCCUUUACAGUAAAUCUCAACGGUUUUUCAUUCACAAAGGAAAGUUAGGGAUAAAGGACUUGACUGAACUGAGUCUGCAUUGGUAACAAAUACCGUGAAUUCACUCAGAAGGUUAACAUAGGGAAACAGUCAUCCGUAUUAUAAGAGCACAAUAGGUAUAGACGAAUCCACAACAAAAUAAGCGGACCGAUGUUGGUACACGGUUGCAGCACAACUUUUUGUUACGUGUACAUUUAUGCGAGUUAUGCUGGUAGGCCUUUUUGGCGGUGCAUAUUCUGUGUAGAUAGGUAAAGCAAAGGAUCUCGAUCGUGCCGAUUGGAGAGCAAAUCACGUAUCGGAGUUUCGUCGACAAUCGUUUUCAGAAUGAUCAGGCUUGGGUUGCUAAUAAUUGCCAUAGCUGCCGUGGCUCAGAUUCAGGGCACGGAAGGCGCUCAUGUUAAACAAACGGUUGUUGGACGUAAUGGACAGCCUGUUACUGACAUCCCUCCUCCUAAGGCCAUUGAUUGCGCUACUUGCAAAGCCUUCAUGACGGACACCAAGCAGGUUCUGGAAACGGCAGUUGGAAAGGAGUUCGAUGUCGCCGUCUUUUCUUAUUUCUGCAAGGAGGACAUGGGGGAUUUUUCGGACCUAUGCAAGCAGCUGUUCAAAGCGUACUUCGAGAAACUCCGUGAACUUGUCUUGUUGUUUGUCGCGCCAGAUGCGUUCUGCCCGGCUUUGAAGUUCUGCACCGCCGAUGGUGGCAGUCUUCCCUCUGGUCACGACGUCAUCACCCACGCGCCCCCAGACGCCGCCCCGAGCAAAUGCGAUAGCUGCAAGGAAUUCUUCGGCCAAGCUGUAGCGCGACUUAAAGACCCGUCAUACGAGAAACCCUUGGUGGACUUCCUGAAGACUUUCUGUCUCGCUGGUUGUGCGACCUCCAAAGUCUGCAUCGAGGCCGCGGACGAGUACGGCGAAUCACUGGUGGCUGUCAUGGGCAACAGGCUUCAAGCUGACAACAUGUGUCAACAAAUAGGGGCGUGUCCUAAACCGACGACGGAGGGCGUUAACAGUGGUAACAAGUACAAGGCUUUGUUUGAGCACCUCAGCCGACUUCUGAUCUCGCCUGGCAUGUCAGAUCUGUUGAAACCAGACCUGAGCCGUUCAUCUGAGCUGGAGAGCCACGGAUACCAGUCUGCAUUGAAUUCAGCCCCGGCGUACCCCGACUGUGAUCCCUGCCGUUGGUACAUGUAUCAAUACCACUCAUACCUCGAAACACAAAUAGGGGAGCAACUAAUUUCAAAGGUUUCCAAGGACGUUUGCAAAAUCGACGCAACCAUAUUUAAAGGUCUGUGCGAAGCUGUGAUCAAGACUUACAGAGACUACCUGCUGCAGGUUAUUCUGGACAAAAUUCAAGCUGCCUACAUCUGCCCGCUGUUUGAUUUCUGUCCAGCACCCUCGUCAAGUGAGUCUGCUACCCCAGCCCCGCCCGUGCCUAUCGGCUAUAAACCCUCAUGUGACGACUGCAUGAGCUUCGUGAUGAAAAUGCAAGCGGCCUGGAAGAAUCCAGCCACGCAGGUGAAACUUAUCAACCAUUUCUCUGGCGACUGCGUCAUGUUCUGUGUCUUUAAGGACUCUUGCCAGACAUUCUUUGAUAUUUACGCCCCGUCUUUUCUCACUACCGCUGCCGAUGAGGCUUUGGACCCUCAAAAAUCAUGCAGAAGUCUGAAGUACUGUCCAGCAAAACCGAGCAAGCUGGAAAAACACAUGAUGAAGAAAGUGAUUUCCCCGGCGGAACAGGUCAACUCGACCCGCGCGGUUUUCUGUAAGUCCUGCAUGUCCACCGCCGAGCAAAUGCAAGGGGCAUUCCGCAAUGCAACCAAGGGAGACAUCGGCGGUGUGCUGGCCAAGUUCUGCUUCUCCCAGCCCGAGUCGCUGCGCAGUGAGUGCCAUAGCCUGGCUGACAAACUGAAAUUUGUCAUCAAUCAGCAGGGACCCGGUGUCUUCAAGCUAGACAAGAUCUGCAGCCAGCUGUCCGUCUGCCUGCCAGCAAACCGAAUCUAGCGGAACUGGAGGGGAGACUGGACGAUGUGAGCAGUGAAGCUACAGUAGACGCUCUUGAUUUUGGGAUUAAAGGAAUAAUUAGUAGUUU